AUUUAAGUUUCAUUUAUAUUCAAAAAAAUUGUUUUUAUUUUUUUAAUACAAAAUUAAAUAUUUAAAAUUUUGAAUUUUAUUUUUAACUGAUUGUAAAUAAAUAAUAUUUUAAAAACAAUUUAUCAAGUUCAUUAAACUUUAUAUACAUAAAUAUAUAAUUAUAUUUAUAUAUAUGUGGAGUAUAGUAUCGUGAUUAUUUUGUUCUGAUGUUCUGUGAUUUAACUGAAGUAAUUAAUUUUUAAAAUAAAUUUAUAUUUAUAAUUAAUUGAAUAUUUAAAAUUUUAAGGAAAAUAUAAAACUAUGGACAGUUAUGCAGAACUUUGUGGAUUUAUGGACGCUAAAUUACCUGGUAACUUGAUGAGAAAAAGGUCAUUUGUUUCGUGGAAAACUUGGCGUCGACAUUGGUGCACUGUACGUAAAUUAGGACUUGGUCUAGGUGCUGAAGUACAACUGGAGCGUGGUCUUACUAUUGAUGGUUUGAAUGCAUACCGGAAUACUAUUAAAAUUCCAUCGGAUUCAGUGAUAUGCCGUACAGAGUCGAGAACGAAAUCGUUUGCGUUUGGCAUUUUUCCUGCAAAAGAAAGAAAACCGCUGCUUUAUUUAAGUGGAAUGUCUGAAUCAGAAACCCAGAGGUGGAUGGCUAAUAUUAGAGAAUUAUUGAAACCUCGAAGAUAUCGUUUUGUUGAAGGAACUUUCAAUAUUUCGAUGGUUGAUAACACGCAUUCAAGAUCAUCUGGUUUAACUGGUCUACAUGGAGACUUGGUCGCCAGUCGUUGCGGUAUUUUCAUAAAAGACGUUCAUACUGGAAAUAUAAUCGAGCAUUUAGAGUGGACUGAAAUGAACCAAUUUAAUUUAUCAACAAUUGGUCACCCAGAUGACGUUAAACGAAUUUGUGUUAUUCAUACAACCAAAUCAUUUCGCGGUGGUAUUGGUGAACUGAAUAUAUUUUGUUUAAAUGCAAGUCAAUUAUUACAGAGUUUAGUAAAACAAGGCCGUGAGCCUCGACAACACAGCAAUAAAAUUGAAAUAAUUCGACCUUUAAGUUUAAGCGAAGGUGACUUAAGAUUUACAAAUGACAAUGAGUUGGGAAAUUUGACUAUUAAUAGUAAAGUUGUCUCAAGUCUUGCUAAUGCUGAACUUUUAUUAUUAAAACCAAGGUUGGAACGUGAGGGAAAGUUUGUGUUUAAUGAGAUUAGUGAUUCUGGUAAAACAUUCAGAAAAAUAAACGAGGAUACAAUAGAUUAUUACAUAAGAGCAGUUGACAAUGUUUACGAGACAGAGCCUGCUAAUUUAUCAAAUAUCAGUGCCAGUUUAGAAGAACUCGAGGAACCUUUACACAAAAGAGUGUCUAAUUUAUCAGUAGCUUCGGGUAUUUACGAAGAAAUUGUUGAGACUAAUUAUGAUAAUAAACUUAGCAUGGAUAGUUUACAUGUUUAUGAAAAUCUUAGUGACAUUAAAUUUAAUUAUUAUAACAAAAGUCGUAUUCCACCUCCACUGCCGCCACGAAUACGUUGUGGUUCAGACUCUUCUAAAAGUGGGAUAUUUAGUGACGACGAGUUACAUCAUGAGGAAAAUUUUAAAUCAUUGACAUCAAGUGACAUAACGGGAUCUCCUCAGCAAAAAAUUUUAAUGCCAAUUAACACGACCUCCGAACACUCUGAUUAUGUUCCAAUGUCUCCGAGGCCCAAAGACAUUGUUGUAGAACAGGAAAACAAAAAAAUUGUCUCUCAUGAAGAAGACAUUUAUAUGGUCAUGCGAUAAAAUAUAUAGAAAAUUUUAUAAAUACGCUAAUUCGCUUUGUUACGUUUAAAAAAAAAAUUGUAUUAUUAUUAUUAUUAUUAUGGCCUCCGUGAUAAUUAUUUCAAUUGGCCUAUUUUUUAUGGUAAAAGUUAUAGUGCCAAGUAUAGUAAAUUUUUUUUUGAAUAUUUAAAAAAAUAUAAGUAAAGAAAAUUAAUUUUCGUAAAUUAUCUAAAGUUUACGAUUUACCAAAUAUUUAUAUUUAUUAAAUGAAUUUUAUGGCAAUUUUGCAAAAAGUAUUUAAAUUUCUACCGCUCAAAUUAUUAUAUAUACAUACAAAUAUAUAAAAUAAUAUCUCAUAUCAUUCAGGAAAAUGAAGUACAAAUAUUUCUAAAUAAAAAAUUCUUCAAAUUUAUAUUUUUUUUUUCUUUAAUCGAAGAUUUUACUUUAAAAUUCCAAAUUAUAUAUAAAAAAAAAGUUAUACAUAUCAAUAUCCCAAGUAGUACACUUGGCUUUGCGACUAAGACAGCAAAUAAAAUCUGUGUCGGCAUAUCGAUAAGGGCGCGAAAUACUGAUAAGAUAAUGAAAAUUGAUGACGUCAUGGCACGAAAACCGGCUGAAAGUAAAUUAUAAAUAUUUACCAAAUAAGUAAUCUGUAGAACUUGUCAAUUAGAUAAACUUUUAUGAACAUGAGAAAUUAAUCUAAUUUAUGUUAGGUGUUUUUCAUAAAAAAUAUAUCUACAAGUCGGCAAUAUGAAAUAUAAUCGUCUUUAUAGUUUAAUUAUUUUUUUUUAACUUAUGUCACAUGACUAAAAAGAACGAAAAUUUUCUACGACUCCAAGACCAACAUUUAUAUGUCUGAUAUAUUUUAAAAAAAAAUUGGCUUUGAGGAAUACCUCAGAUACAGAAUAAUCUUGUAGCAAUCUUGCCCAAGCCUGGUCACAAGUACACUAGUUGUCUAUGUUUUUAUGGUGUGCCGUCAACUGAUCCCAACAAUUUUAUACCACAAGUGAUCCCUACAAAUUGAUCCCAUUGACAUCUGAUCCCAUCAACAAUUGAUCGUUAAUUGAUUUUUAUCAACAACUAAUUUGUGUUUACAACAGUGAAUUUUAAUUACUCAUGUCAUAGUAAUUAAUUAAUAAUUGAUUAUUUUAUAAAUUCGUCAGUGGGGUCAGUUGUCUGUGGGAUCAAUUAUCGUGUGAUUACUUGCCGGGGAUCAGUUGUCAUGGAACCAAAAUUGUGUACUUCAAGAAGCGCGCAAGAAUAUUGAAUAUAUCUUGCUCAAGGUGCAUUGGUACAGUGACUUGAGCUAAUCUUGUGCCAGAUUUGCUCGAGAAGUGUCAUAUUAUCCUGGGGUAGGAGUGAGAUAUAUUAAUGAUAAAAUAUGACGCUGAAGCAGAUCUAGCCAAGAUAUGCGUUAAUGUCUGCAAGUAAUUUCUGGUACAAAAUACGCGUAAAUAACUUUACUAACACAUGAGCAAGACAUCUUCAAUAUUUUUUUGUUCAAUAUCAUGUGCAAGUCCUACAAAAUCUCGUCUUAGAAUCUUGCAUUAAUUAGGGUGGCCACAAAGAAAUGAUUUAAAAAUUCCCUAUUUCCCGGUUUUUCUAGUAAAGUUUUUCACAUUUUUCCCUGAUUCAGAAAUUUUAUUGGUAUCAUUAAGAUAUUCAAAGUUUCCAUUAUAUUUUCAGUGUCGAUAAUUAAAUUUGGUGAUUAAAUCAUAAGAGAAAUAAAAAAAAAGUCAAUAAAAUAAAUUAAUAUGGUCUACUUUAGAUUAUUCGAUGUUGAAAUAUUUAAUAAGAAAUUUUAUGAUUAAAAUAAAUUCAAAAUACACAGUCACAAAAAUUAAGGGAUAUUAAAAAAAUUUCAAAUUUUUAAGUGAUUUUCCCCAGGUUGUAACUCGAAGAAAUUUAUUCAAGCCCAGAGACCAUUUUUAGACGAGCAAGAAUUUGGAAAAUUUUUUUUUCGAUGGUUUUCUUAGGAUUACUCUAGGACCAUGCAUAGUAAAAAAUUUUAAGACCACAUCAGAAAACUAGACUCUUGAAGCUACAAUUUGUCUUUUUUGUUUUUGUUGUACGACAAUUUUCUCUCGAGUUACAACCCGUAGAAGAUCACUUAAAAAUUUGAGAUUUUUUUAAUAUCCCUUAAUUUUUUUGACUGGUGUAUUAUUGAAAAAUUUAAAAUUUAUAACUGUCGCAAUUAAAUUCCCGGAUACUUUUCGAAAUCCUCUGACAUUUCCCGGUAGCAUUAAAUUUCCAAUAUUCCCAGUUUGGGGCCACUCUGAUUAAUAUCUUGCGAUCAAUUGAUAGGUAUAUAAAGUCGUAGACACCCAGUGGUCUUUCCCUAGAUAUUUUCAUAAAAAUACUACAAGUCCACUACUAAAUUGUCUUCUAUACGUUAUUUUGGGCAAGUCCAUGUAGUACCUAUCAAGAGAUUGCGAUCAGUGUCUUGACCAGCAACUUUUGAUGGAAAUUGUUUCAUGGGAAAAUCAACGGUCUUUUUUAAGACGCCUUUAUGACAUCUCGAAAGUGUGUCUGUGCUACUUGGGUAUAUU